CACGCCAGAUACCCACAAAGGAGAGGAGAAAAAGGCCUGUGAGGCACAGCCAGGGGGCUCAGGGAGGCAGUGUCAGGUUUCAAACCCAGCCAGCCAUUCAGAGCACUGCGAUGUCGGGGACCCGCCUUGGGCUCCUGGUCUCUAUCCUGUGCUGGGUAGUCAGAGCCUAUCCCAACACCUCCCCGCUGCUCGGCUCCAGCUGGGGUGGCCUGACCCACCUGUACACGGCCACUGGCAGGAACAGCUACCACCUGCAGAUCCACAAGGACGGCCAUGUGGAUGGCACACCCCAUCAGACCAUCUACAGUGCCCUGAUGAUCAGAUCAGAGGAUGCUGGCUUUGUGGUGAUAACAGGUGUGAUGAGCAGGAGGUACCUCUGUAUGGACUUCAGAGGCAACAUCUUUGGAUCCCACCUCUUCAGCCCGGAGAGCUGCAGGUUCCGACAGCGGACGCUGGAAAACGGCUACGACGUGUACCACUCCCCGCAGCACCAAUUCCUCGUCAGCCUGGGCCAGGCCAAGAGGGCCUUCCUGCCGGGCACCAACCCGCCGCCCUACUCCCAGUUCCUGUCCCGGAGGAACGAGAUCCCCCUCAUCCACUUCAACACCCCCAGGCCGCGGCGGCACACGCGCAGCGCCGAGGAUACGGAGCGCGACCCACUGAACGUGCUGAAGCCCAGGCCCCGCAUGACCCCCGCCCCGGCCUCCUGCUCCCAGGAGCUCCCGAGCGCCGAGGACAACAGUGUGGUGGCCAGCGACCCGUUAGGGGUGCUCAGAAGCAGCCGGGUGAACGCGCACGCGGGGGGGAUGGGCGUGGACCGGUGCCGCCCCUUCCCCAAGUUCAUCUAGGGAAACCAGAAAGGAGUCCUUUCCCAGCAGUCUUUCCGAAGAAAACUAAACUUUUCGGAACUUUUCGGAGGGACAUGCGCCCUCCACAGUCCAGGGAAGGGGAAGGCGGGGAUGAAAUGGGCAGUUAGCGGCUUCUCCCCAUUCACCGGGAGGUCCCCCGAGAAUGUACCUUUGAGGCCUGAGUCAUGGCGCUUUCACCGCCUUCCCCACCCCAACUAUACCACCUUUCCUAACUCUGAAGCCCAGAAAGAUAAACUAGAAGUUUCGCCUUCAUUAAGGAGAGAGGGAUUCCCACCGCGACCACCACCCUUCCCCCAACCACCCGGGGCAGUUUUUCUUCCCUAUGCCUCUCUUCUUCAUCAGUCUAGCAUUAAAAACCAAGCAAUGGCUUAACGAAUUCACCGCUUCGAAGGUGAAGGGAAGAGCCAAUACCAGUAGCUCUCCACUGCUCCUUACGUUUGUGUCACCUGCC